UAAUAUUCAAACCUCGUCAAUUCAAACCGUCCAAUCCAGCUGAAGACAGUAACCAUCAUGUCGCCCAACCGCCUCAUCCUCGGUCUAAUGACCAUCGGCCCCGACACCAACGCCGGGGCACGCAUUACAUCUCUCGACGAAUACAACAAAUGCCUCGAGUAUCUCUCCUCGCACGGGUACACCGAGCUCGACACAGCGGCAGUCUACGUCGGCGGCAAGCAAGAGGCCUUCACCCGGGACGCCGGGUUCACGGGCAAAGGGUUCACCAUCGCCUCCAAGAUAAUGCCCGUGGCGCCAGGCGACCAUGACCCGGAGACAUUAAAGGCCGCGUGGGAUCGCAGUCUGGCGAAGCUCGGUGUUGAGUCGACUGAUAUCUUCUAUCUGCAUGCUCCUGACCGCGCGACGCCGUAUGAGAAGACCCUGGAGGCUGUUGAUGAGAUGUAUAGGCAGGGAAGGUUUAAGCAGCUGGGCUUGAGCAACUAUGCUGCUUGGGAGGUUGCGGAAAUGGUGGGCAUUUGUGAGAGGAGAGGGUUCGUCAAGCCUACUAUCUACCAAGGAAUGUAUAACGCGAUCACACGCGCCUUGGAAGAAGAACUAGAGCCCUGUCUCCGGAAAUUCGGAAUCUCCCUGGUCAUCUACAACCCCCUGGCCGCCGGCCUAUUCUCGGGGAAAUACACGAGCCUGGAAAAGCCCGCCGAGGGACGCUUCAGCGACAAAGGCAGCCUCGGCGCAUUAUACACAGCCCGGUACCUCAAGCCAUCUACAAUGGAAGCUCUAUCGGUAAUCGAGCCCGUGGCGAAACAGCAUGGGAUUCCGCUUAUAGAAGUUGGAUUGCGGUGGUGCAUCCACCAUAGCAAACUCCGAAUGGUCGAUCAGGGCGGGAACGACGGCGUCAUUCUCGGGAUUAGUUCGUAUCCCCAGCUGGUGCAGAAUGUCGAGGCGUGCGAGAAAGGCCCUCUGCCUCAAGGGGUCGUGGAAGCUUUGGAUAAUGCGUGGAAGAGAGCAAAGGGGGAUGCGCCGACGUACUGGCGGUGA